CCCAAUUUUUUAAAAAUCGGUUGAUACCUACGAAAUGGCAUUGGCGAAUAGAGCGUUGUACGCUUGCGUGUACCUCCUAGGUCUAAUAUCGUUCUGUAACGGGAGGACUGCCAAACGUUCGGAUGUAUAUAUUGCUGGCUUCUUUCCUUACGGUGAUGGAGUUGAAAAUUCCGAUACAGGUCGUGGAGUAAUGCCAAGUGUUAAAUUAGCGCUUUCUCAUGUGAAUGAACACCCUACAAUUUUGGUCAAUUAUCGGCUGCACAUGUGGUGGAAUGACACUGAGUGCAAUGCAGCAGUUGGGGUCAAGUCCUUCUUCGAUAUGAUGCACUCUGGCCCCAACAAGCUAAUGCUCUUCGGUGCCGCGUGUACGCAUGUUACCGAUCCCAUAGCUAAAGCUAGCAAGCAUUGGCAUCUCACACAACUGUCAUACGCCGAUACGCAUCCCAUGUUUACGAAAGACGCAUUUCCGAAUUUUUUUCGCGUCGUACCAUCGGAGAAUGCUUUUAAUGCCCCACGUCUGGCUUUGCUAAAGCAGUUCAAUUGGACGCGCGUAGGCACAUUGUACCAGAAUGAACCACGAUACUCAUUGCCACAUAAUCACAUGGUGGCUGAUUUGGAUUCCAUGCAAUUAGAAGUUGUAGAAACUCAAAGCUUCGUCAACGAUGUAAACGAACCUCUGAAGAAGUUGCGGGAAAAGGAUGUUCGGAUUAUCCUGGGCAAUUUUAAUGAACACUAUGCCCGCAAAGUGUUUUGUGAAGCUUAUAGAUUGGAAAUGUAUGGUCGUGCUUAUCAGUGGCUUAUAAUGGCGACUUAUUCAACAGAGUGGUGGAAUGCUACACUUGACACUGAGUGCACUGUAGAAGAGAUUUCAACUGCCCUAGAAGGCACUAUUCUCGUUGACCUGCUCCCUUUGUCUACUAGUGGUGAUAUAACCAUUGCUGGAAUUACUGCAGAUGAGUAUCUUUCGGAAUAUGAUAGCUUGCGGGGCACAGAAUAUUCCCGCUUUCAUGGUUACACCUACGAUGGAAUCUGGGCAGCUGCGCUAGCUAUUCAAUACGUCGCACAGAAGCGCGAAGAUUUCCUAACACACUUCGAUUACCGUGUGAAGGAUUGGGAGCUUGUGUUUUUGGAAGCGCUGAGGAAUACCUCGUUCGAAGGGGUCACGGGUCCUGUGCGAUUUUAUAACAAUGAGCGGAAGGCAAAUAUUCUUAUCACCCAAUUCCAAUUAGGCCAAGCAGAGAAAAUCGGUGAAUAUCAUUCGCAAUUAAGCCAUUUGGAUUUGACUCUUGGAAAACCGGUCAGAUGGGUUGGUAAAACUCCACCCAAGGACCGGACACUAAUCUAUAUUGAGCACAGCCAGGUGAACAUAACAAUUUACAUAGUUUCGGCCAGUGCAUCUGUGAUUGGAAUCAUUGUGGCGUGUGUUUUCUUGGCUUUUAAUAUAAAGUAUCGAAAUCAAAGAUACAUAAAAAUGUCAAGUCCACAUCUAAACAAUCUUAUCAUAAUUGGCUGCAUACUUACUUACAUGAGCGUUAUAUUUUUGGGCUUGGACACAACCUUAAGUAGCGUGGCAGCGUUUCCCUAUAUAUGCACAGCUCGAGCGUGGAUACUGAUGGCAGGCUUCAGUCUAGCAUUUGGGGCGAUGUUUUCUAAAACUUGGCGUGUACAUUCUAUUUUCACUGAUCUGAAGCUGAAUAAAAAAGUGAUCAAGGACUAUCAAUUGUUUAUGGUAGUGGGCAUUUUAUUAUUUAUUGAUAUUGCCAUUAUAACGACAUGGCAAGUGGCCGAUCCAUUCUACCGUGACACAAAACAAUUAGAGCCAAGGCAUCACGAGGCAAUGGACGAUGUACUGGUUAUACCCGAAAACGAGUACUGCCAAUCGCAGCAUAUGACAAUAUUUGUUAUCAUAAUAUAUGCCUAUAAGGGUUUGCUAUUGGUAUUUGGCGCUUUUCUAGCUUGGGAGACACGUCACGUUUCAAUUCCAGCUUUGAAUGAUUCGAAACACAUUGGGUUUUCGGUUUAUAACGUUUUCAUCACAUGUAUUGCCGGCGCCGCCAUUUCGUUGGUUCUCUCCGAUCGCAAGGAUUUAGUUUUUGUCUUACUCUCGUUUUUUAUAAUUUUUUGUACGACAGCAACUUUGUGUUUGGUGUUCGUACCGAAAGUAAGACUGGUAUUGGUCGAACUGAAGCGCAAUCCACAAGGUGUCGUAGAUAAACGCGUACGCGCCACUUUGCGUCCAAUGUCGAAGAAUCGACGAGAUUCUUCCGUUUGUGAAUUGGAACAACGUUUGCGUGACGUGAAAAAUACGAAUUGUCGUUUCCGAAAAAUUCUCAUGGAGAAAGAAAAUGAGCUGCAAGCUCUUAUACGCAAGAUCGGCCCAGAGGCGCGCAAGUGGAUUGAUGGCGUCACAUGUACGGGUAGUAUCGGCGGUGACACUGAACCCAUUCUUAACGAUACAGCUAGAUUGUCGGCACCACCGGUGCGUCGGGAAAUGCCCAGCACAACAGAAGUAACCGAGCUGACAUCGGUGGACAGCGUAACUUCUACCCAUGUAGAGAUGGAUAGUUCAAUGGUAUCCGUACAAUCCACCACAAUUGCACCAUCAUUACCACCCAAAAAGAAAUCUUUAAAACCGCUAACACAAAUCCAAGACGGUGGCAUGCAACCCACCGGACUAGUAUCUGGAUCGCUAAAACAUCAGAAGCCGUCGCACAUCCAGUCAAUGCAACCGAUUCAGCAGCAAUUACAGCAACAAUUACAACAACAACAGCCACCCUUACAAUCUGUAAAGCACGACGAUUUAUCUUACCGCCGACCAGCUGAGAAACGAAACUCCGUUUCGGCACAGACCGAUCCCAUUCCUGGGAUGAAAAAACAAGAGUGCAAUAAUAUAAAACGAAGUGAAGAGUCACAACUUCGAGAGCGUCGACAAUCAGUGGCAUCUAGGCACUACGACAGCGGAAGUCAGACUCCAACCGCCAAUCCAAAGUAUUCCCACAAUCAUAGGAAUUCAGCAACAAAUAUUUCAAAUUCAAACACAGACUUAAAUGGCACUUGUCCACACGGUCCGCAUUCGAAGAGUAAUAACGUCAUUAAAACACCAACGGCAUUAGAAAACCGUCGCGGUACCAAUGCGCUGAAAUCCAACUUUGUAGUCUCUCAAAGCGACUUAUGGGAUACACAUACUUUAUCGCAUGCCAAGCAGCAUUCCCGCCAGUCACCACGCAACUAUGCCAGUCCACAGCGUUGUUCGGAGCAUAGCCAUAUCAUUCCCUAUGACCAGACCACAUCCCCCAUACAGCGUUCGGUUUCGGAAAAGAAUCGCAAUAAACAUCGUCAUAAGCCACAAAAGGGCACCGUAUGCCAAAGUGAGACAGACAGUGAGCGGGAACGAGAACCAACGCCGCCAACAACGCAGUGCAUCCAACAGCGUAAACUCAACAAGACAAACAUACAGCACGCUGCGCAUCAUCACUCCUCCCCGAAUGUGGCGCCCGAAAAGCAACGCAAGCAUCGAAAUAAGCCCGAGUCGUCAAUUUAUGGUGCCAGUUCCGAGACGGAAUUGUUAGAUGGAGAAACGGCAAUAUUGCCCAUAUUCCGAAAGCUACUCACCGAAAAAAGUCCCAACUAUCGGGGUCGCAGUGUUGUAGGUCAGAGCUGUCCGAACAUUUCCAUUAAAUGCGAUAUUGUAGAAUACCUUUAAAGCAGCAUAGAGAAAUAAUGGCACUGAAUUAUCAAUAAAUGUACAUACAGGCAUAUUUGUGAUCUGUGCAAGUUGGCUUAAAUAUAAUUUGACUCGACUUAAACCAGAGCAAAAAAUGCUUGACUAAAAUGUAGCAAAGUAGAAAUUUUUGAAAACAACCUACUUAAUUUAACUCACGUAUGCAAUAUUACUAAAUAAUAAAACAAUAUAUUCAUUGAAUUGCAUU